AUGGUGCGUAAAUGCAUUCCCCCCUCGUUAAAAAAAAAAAAAAAAAAAAAAAAAAAAAAAAAAAGUCGUUCCGUUAGUCGAGCAAAAGCGGGCAAGGCGCAGAAGAAUAUCUCAAAAUCUGACAAGAAAAAGAAGCGCAGGAGGAAGGAAAGUUACGCAAUUUACAUCUACAAAGUACUGAAGCAGGUACAUCCCGAUACGGGUAUAUCCAGCAAAGCGAUGAGCAUCAUGAACAGCUUCGUCAACGAUAUUUUCGAACGUAUCGCUGCGGAAGCUUCCAGAUUGGCACAUUACAACAAACGUGCCACGAUAACUAGCAGAGAAAUUCAGACAGCCGUACGACUAUUGCUACCGGGAGAAUUGGCCAAGCACGCAGUCAGCGAAGGUACCAAAGCCGUCACCAAGUACACCAGUUCAAAAUAA